GCGCGUCGCUCGGUCGGUGCGAGCGCGAUGGCGGCGGCGGCCGAGGCCGGUGACCCCGCCGCGGCGCCGGAGCCAGAGCCGGAGCCGGAGCUGCCGCGGCGCGGCCCGGCGGCGGGCGAGGCGGCGGCGGCGGCGGAGCUGGCGGCGGAGCUGGCGGCGCGGCGCAGCGCGGAGGCGCGGCGGCUGGUGCUGUCGCCGCGGCGGCUGUCGGGCCCGCUGCCGGCGGGGCUGUCGCAGUGGUUCCCGGCGCUGGAGGAGCUGGACGUGAGCGGGACGGGGCUGGCGGAGCUGGGCGCGGAGCUGCUGGCGCUGCCGCGCCUCCGCACGCUGCUGGCCAAGAACAACCGGCUGGGCGGGCCCGGCUCGCUGCCCAAGGGGCUGGGGCAGGCGCCGCUCGGCCGCUCGCUGCGCGUCCUCAACCUCAGCGGCAACCGCUUCGCCGAGGUGCCGCCCGCCCUGCUCGGCCUCCGCGGGCUGCAGAGCCUCAGCCUCGGCGGCAACCGCCUGCACGGCAUCCCGCCCGACAUCCAGGAGCUGCGCAGUUUAGAAUUUCUGUACCUUGGAGGGAAUUUCAUUACUUCAAUUCCGCCUGAAUUAGCAAACCUGCCUUCUCUAAGCUAUCUAGUUUUAUGUGACAACAAGAUCCAGAGCAUUCCACCUCAGUUGGCACAGCUGCAUUCCCUGCGUUCCCUUAGCCUGCACAAUAAUCUGCUGACUUACCUCCCUCGAGAGAUUCUCAACCUGGUUCACCUGGAAGAGCUGAGCUUGCGUGGGAACCCGCUUGUGGUUCGGUUUGUCCGUGACCUGACCUACAAUCCCCCAAGUCUCCAGGAACUGGCUGGACGCACAAUUAAAACGCGCAAUGUUCCCUAUGCUCCCAGCGAUCUCCCAGAGAAUCUUGUCCGGUAUCUGAGCUUGGCCAGCAACUGUCCCAAUCCUAAAUGUGGGGGUGUCUACUUUGACAGCUGCGUUAGACAAAUCAAGUUUGUUGACUUCUGUGGGAAGUAUCGUCUCCCGUUGAUGCACUACUUGUGCUCCCCGGAGUGCUCCUCUCCCUGCAGCUCUGCCUCCCAGAGCUCCACUUCUCAGAGCGAGUCCGACUCUGAGGAUGAAGCCAGUGUUGCUGCGCGCAGGAUGCAGAAAGUCCUCCUAGGAUAAAAGAGACUGAGAGAGAAAGACUGGAAGGAAAACAUUAGAAAAGCAAUAAUGGAACUGUGAAGUAUGAGCUUCUUGCCGGAGGGGCUCACAAGAAACUGUCCUCAAGUCCAUGUAAGGGGAUGUAAGAACAUCUUAGCAAGGCUAGACUUGCUUGGUGCAAGGCUACUUAGGAGAACUAACUCAGUGGCAUAGUGCCUGUAGGUUGCCUGGGGUUGUUAAAAACGUCUGUUGUCUGGGAGGUCACCCUUGUAUGCAGUGGGAGGGGUUUUUUUUUUGUUUUUUUGUUUUUUUUCGUGGGCAGAUUUUAAAGGGGUUUUAAUAUAUGACACUUCACUGGACUUUAGUUAUCCUGCAGAGCAAAGGUGACAUUGUCCAGGGCUUAUAACACUGUGGUAAAUCAGAAACAGAUUAACGAUGCUAUGUGGGUAUAUGUGGACCCCAUUGUUUUGUACAGUGUUUUGAUUCUUUUCUGUCUCCUUUUAAUUUUAGUUACAGAUUUUACAUCCAUUUGAAAAAAUGUGAUUUCUUUUUUUUGGUCAGGAGUAGAUUUUUCCCAGACUAUAAUUAUUCUUUCUUUGUCUAGAGGCAUAGGAUUUUUAUGCUUUUGUAGACUUUACAGCCCUACAACUGAGUUACCCUUUUUCUUCCUUAUUGUACCAAGCUGCUCUUUGUGUUUCUUCCUAACUUAAUUCCUUUUUUUCCCCUCUUCUUACCCCUUCCCAUUACACCUGGACUGUUGCUGUCUUUACAUAGCCUCGAAACAAUAGAAAAGUUACUCUGUUGAAACUUGGGAUUAGUUUGGAUCUUUGGCCAUAUGUGCCUGUGCUAGGGACCAAAUGCAAUGCUCUGUAUCAUGCCUUUGACCUCUCAGCUUACUGGAGCAAAUCUCUUAAAUAUGUGACUUGCAGGAAGGGUUUUAAGAUUGACCUUUCCAGUCUUUAAACAACCAUGUCGCCCACUGUGGCUAGCUCUACUAUGCUUGGUAUGGUGUUAAGUUCAUCUUAACGCUGUCUUUAAGUUCAUCUGCUUAAAGUAGGCAGCAGUUUAGUGAGUUAAAAGUACAGGGAGAAGCACGGUGGAGGUGUUGUUUUUUUCUUUAUUUCUAACAUGAGAAGAAAAUCUGGUAGGAGGAAUAUGUGCAAGGUGCUCAGAAAAUAUGCCUUAUAAGUUGGUUUGGAAGCUUCUUGCUUGUUUAUCUGUUUGCGUUUGCUCUUGUUCCAAAAGCUUAGGCAGUCUGUCGGAUUGUUCAGGUAACACAUUCAGUUAUCUUAAACCGUGUUUAAAGGAGAGCUGCAGAAAAUAGCUCAGAACUUUAAGAAUUAAGAAAUAACUUUUAAAAUUAUGAAAUUGGCAGGUAUUUGUACAUCUACUUAGGGGACUGGUGUAUGUUUUGCUCAGUCAGAGCUGCCUCUUUAUCAAUAAUCACAGCAGCAGCCCCUUUGAUGCAGUUUGAGAUACAACAAAUCCAACUGUACAUUCAAAUGCAUGAGCAUAGUAAAUACUUACAGUGGUAAGAAGCUAAAUGAACUGGCACAACUUUUCUUUUUUUUUUUUUCCUUAAACCCACUUUAGGGAAAGGGGAAAUAAAAACUUGUGUUCCUCUCCUGCAUUCGGAAAACACAUGGAGCUAUUUGAAUAUCUUACGGCAGCUCAGUGUUAAUGGGUCUUUUAAUUAUAUUUGACACUUUAAUGAAGCACUUUGAUAAUUUUACUCUUUAUAGCUAGCUUUAGUGAUUUUUUUAAAAGCAAUUUUUCUUUUAAUGUGACCUGAAAAACAAGGUCUGUGAAAUUUGGUAUGUGCCAGUCUGUCUUGGUGGGCAGGUUGAACUUCUUGCCUUGAAGUUACUUGACAGUAUGGCUCCGUUCCCUGGGUUCCUUUUGUAGAGAAUGCUUCGAAAGAAACAAUCGAGUUGUGAAGUAGCCCCGCUUCGGUUAUUAGUCAUUGCAAUGUAGACUCUAAAGAUUGCCCCUGUGCACAGACGCAUGCCUAAGGGACUAAAUGGCACAUACUCUUUGCCUUUUUUAUGUAUAUUUAAGACACAGUAAGGUAAAUGUUCGAAGCAACUGGAUGUCUCUUAAGCAAAUUCUGUGAGUUUUGCUUGGGAAGAAGAAUCUAAAAGUUUUGAGAGAACCCAAUUGCUUGAUGUUGGUUGGAUUAGGAUCAGUGGCUCACGUUUCGUCCUUCAUCUUCUCCUUCAGGUGCUUUUUCCUGUCCCAAGUGCAUAUUGUCCUACCAAUGCUAGAUGACAGCAAACUGACUGCAGAGACACAAUUUCAGAUUUACUGCUAGUAUAACUAGUGAGCAACCGAGUGAUCUAGAGCUUGGUUCUUUUGCCAGUGAAUGUGAGCCACGCAAGUUGAGAUCUCAAGAUCUUUUGAGCUCAGGGCCGUGAGGUACUGUCUGUCUUCUCUUAAACAGCAGCUUUUCUUUAGUGACAUACCUUCCACUUCAAAAAAAAUUAAAUAAUUUCACAACCGCUUUGCUGCCAUAAAUCCUAUUUGCAUAGUAACACCUCUGGAUGAUGAGUUAAGACUAAUGGCUCCAUACUGGUGACUGGUUCUAAUUUAGCUCCUGCUUUAACUGCAUUUUCUUUUCCAGCCAAACUAGUGUCCAAUUUCUGGCCCAAUUCUACUAAGGUUAAUAGUGAUCUGUCUUUGUUGCUUUUUCUCUGUAGCCAGGUCAAAACUUGGCAGCUCAUGCAAUGGAUAUCUUUAUGCAGUUCUUUGAAAAUUUUUAGACUGUAUGAUAAAGUAUCUUUUAUCUUAAAAAAUUUAUAUAUGUUCCUGAAUACAGCUAAUUUUUUGUUUGUUUGUUUUUUGCCAGUGAGCUUUGAAGUGCAAUUCAAGUAAGUCAGGUUUUAAACUAAUCAAGGACUUGUAAGAAAUACAGCUGGUUGUGGUUCCCCCCCGUAUGCCUGAGUUAGAUUUGAGAAGGCUCCAGUGCAGUGCUGAACAUACUGAGCCCUCAGGAGCCUUUUUUUCAGCAUUUGUUAGCCCCCAAACAGACAAAACUUGAAAAUAUGUUGAGGAUGGUAGGAAUUUGUUUCUGUUGUCCCCUUCCUCCUGCAGAGGCACUGAAAAGUAGAUAACGGGUUUGCCAGCAUUACAGCUCUUUUGGCAGUUUUAAAUAGUGGAUUUCAGUUCCUACAGAUGCAUCUCCAUUGGCAGAGUCUUCAGUCAAUGUUUUGGUAUCAGUCCCCGUGUUGCUACAGUAGCCCAGCAUGCCCAGCUUUUGAAAACAUGCUUAAGUUGAGACACAAGUGUGUUAAGUGAAGCUGCUCAUUCCAUUUUCCCUGCAGUGUCUAGGACCCUGCCUACAAUGUCCCUUUGUCCCUCCAUCCCAUUGCCAAGAAGAGCUGAUGGGGUAUUUCUGAAGGCAGGUACUUAAUGUGAAUAGUGGGAUCGCAUCAAAAAGAAGCAAAAUACCAAUUUGACUGGAAGCAAUUUAUAUAGUUGCCAAUUCUUUCAUGUUUCUCUUUCUCUUAUUAAAGGUGAGACUUGAGGAAGUCAGUAAUGAAUAUUUAAACAUACUCUUGAAGUGGCCAGAUGCAGUUUUUCAUGGACUUCUGUCCUGGUCACUUCAAGUCUUUGAAAUCUUGUAUUGAAUUAUAAUGGAAGUAGGGGGGAGGGAGGGGAGAACCAACUCCUUUUUGUUGCUUACUCUUUUUGGCAAUAAUGAAUGGGAGGAAUUUAAUCCAAUGAAAGUAAUGAAACUUAAUCCCUGCAAUGUGUCUUUGUUACCCAGUUGAAAGAUCUAUUUUAAUGCAUCUUAUUCACACCAGGCAGAUGAAUUCCUCCUCUCCCCCCGUCUUUGUAGAGUCUCAAGAUACUUCAAAUAGACUACUUCAGGAUGCACACUAACACAGCAGUAACUCUAUCUUGGAAGCCUUUCUAUUGAUUAUUUCAUUUGCCUGCCUGACUAGAGGAUUGAUCUUUUACUGACCUGAGCAUUAAGGGUAGAAAGGGUUCUCAUCUAGCCCUCUUGUGAAUUUUUAUCAUGAGCAUUUGUUUUAUGAAGUCUUAAAGUGCCUUAUGUUUUUAAAAAUAUAUUUUGCUAGAAAUGUAUGAAUAUAUAAUAUCUCUAACAGUAUUUCUUAAUGAGCUGUAAAACAAAUUGUAACACUAAACCAAAAAUGUUAUUUCUACAACUGUUUCUGUCUGUUACUUGACAAAAUCUCUGUUCUUGUAUUGCUGCAGACGGAACUGUGAACAUUAAAAAUGGGGCUACACAUGGUCUGGGAACAGAUUAGAUUUAAUCCAUGCUGCGGAAAGCCAAGAGCAGGUGAGUCUUCCAAAGGGAGUGCUGAAACUCUUGGCUUACGGGACCCAUUUAUAACAUUAUUAUGGGACUGGAAAAUGUUACAGACAGGAAACUUUUACUCCUGGAACACUGUUGCAUAAAUUUGUUCCACAAUUCAAAUGUAAAAGUAAUUAAUGGGUAAGAUAAAAAUAAGAGAAGUGAAGACAGUGUCACUUUAUAGAGAUUUCUAGCAAUCUGAAACAGCAGUUUUGAAGUUCUUGAAUGGUUUCACUCAUUUUAAGGGGCUAACUUUGAAAUCUAUAAAUGACUUCUUAAAUUUAA